AUGGCGGCGGAGCUGGUGGAGGCGAAGGUGAGGGGGAAGCGGCGGCGCCGCCGCCCCGCCCGCGGGAUCCCCCGCGCGCCACUGGCAGGACCCCGGCGGGGACGAGGCCGCGGCGGAGCAGCGCCGCGAACCGCCGAGCGAGUCCCCCAGAACAACGAGAAGCUUCAGGAAAGUCCGUGUAUUUUUGCAUUAACCCCAAGACAAGUGGAGCUGAUCAGAAAUUCCAGGGAGUUGCAACCCGGGGUGAAAUCAGUUCAGGUGGUGCUAAGAAUCUGCUACACAGACACCAGUUCUCCUCAGGAGGAUCAGUACCCUCCCAACAUCGCCGUGAAGGUGAACCACAGUUACUGCUCCGUGCCGGGCUACUACCCAUCAAACAAACCCGGAGUGGAACCCAAAAGGCCCUGUCGUCCCAUCAACCUCACGCACCUCAUGUACCUGUCGGCGGCCACCAACCGCAUCACGGUGACCUGGGGCAACUAUGGCAAGAGCUACUCGGUGGGGCUGUACCUGGUGCGACAGAUGACCUCGGCAGAGCUGCUCCAGAGGUUGAAAACCAUCGGGAUCAAACACCCGGAGCUCUGCAAAGCACUUGUGAAGGAGAAGCUACGCCUGGACCCGGACAGUGAAAUCGCCACCACGGGUGUCCGGGUGUCCCUCAUCUGUCCGCUGGUGAAGAUGCGCCUGUCGGUGCCGUGCCGGGCGGAGACCUGCGCGCACCUGCAGUGCUUCGACGCCGUCUUCUACCUGCAGAUGAACGAGAAGAAGCCCACGUGGAUGUGCCCUGUGUGUGACAAACCUGCCCCCUACGACCAGCUCAUCAUCGAUGGGCUCCUGUCCAAGAUCCUGACGGAAUGUGAAGACGCGGAUGAGAUCGAGUACCUGGUGGACGGCUCCUGGUGUCCCAUCCGAGCUGAGAAGGAGAGGAGCUGCAGCCCCCAGUGCCCAAUCUUAGUUCUAGGCUCCUCGGAUGUGAACGGGCUCCUUCCCCCCCCUGCCGGGAACGGCGAGAACGGCAAAGCCCCCGCGGAUGUCGUGGAUUUAACACUGGACAGCUCAUCCUCCGAGGAAGAGGAGGAGGAGGACGAGGAAGAGGAUGAUGAUGACGAGGGACCCCAACCCAAACGACGCUGCUCUUACGAGAAAGGUUUAGUCUCUGCCUGCUGACGUGGCUCCGCCUCCCGACGGACACACUUGAAUACUCUGGUGCUUAUUAAACUGGAGGAAAGGGGGAGAACGUCCUCUCCCACCUCACCUCCCUCCCUCCCUCAUCUCCUCUGACUUUCCUAUUCCGAAUUAUUCAUUAAAACGAGAGAGAGAGAAAAAAAAAAAAAAAAAAAAAAAAAAAAA